AUGCAAGCAGGGUUGACAAUCAAUUAGGAGUAUGUAAGAAAUCUGUAAGAAAUUACAAAAGAAUUUUUGUGUCCAAUAUCUGCAAACAUUUAUAAUAUCUAAUUCUUAAAGUUCAGAAUCAGAGAUAUGGAAUCGGGAUAGGUGUUAUUUGAAGUAGAGCGAGAUCCUAAUGAAGAAUCAAUUGAAAAUAUACCACCAGCACUUCAAGAUGAGGCUAGGAGAAUAAAAUAUCAUUUUGGUCCUCAAUUUUUUGAAUUAAAAACGAUUGGAGCUCAAUUAACAUUUUCUGUAGGGGAUAAGAUUGUCAAAAACUUUACCAUAAUUGAGAGACAUUAUUUCAGGAAUAUCUUAUUGAGAAGCUAUGAAUUCCAAUUUCCAUUUUGCAUUCCAAACUCAACAAAUACAUGGGAACACAUUUACACAAUCCCAGAGAUCGCUGAAGAUGUUAAAUAAUUAAUGAUUGAAAAUCCUAAUGACACUAAAUCAGACAGUUUUUAUUUUGUAGGCGAUACUUUGAUUAUGCAUAAUAAAGCUGAAUACGAUUACUCUCCAAUAAAUGAAUGAGUUGAUAAUUAUAUAUAUA